AUACCCAGUCUAUAUUUAUACAUGUAUACUGUAUGUAAAUAAUUGUCGUAUAUAUGCCAAGUUUUGCUCUAAAACGGAUAACAUUUCGGGAUAUAUUGAAGCAUAUCGUGAUAUAUUGAAGAAAAUAUGGGUGAGGUAUCUGAGGAACAGAAAAAUGAAUGGAAGCGCAUUUUCGAUGAACAUGACACAGACGAAAAAGAAGGUUUGAGCAGAGAUGAGGUGAAACAAGUAAUGUGUUGUUGUAAUCAAAACCCUACAGAUAAAGAGGUAGAUGAAAUGAUGACGGCAAUGGACAAAAACAGUGAUGAAAAAGUAAGUUUUGAAGAAUUUUGCACAUUUAUGCAACAACUGCCUGAUCCAGCGGAGUCUAUGAAAGAAGCGUUGGAGGUGUUUGAGGGACAAGAUGGAAAACUCACCCGCGAAAAAUUGAAAGAGAUUUUGUCAACUGAUGAUGAUGAUGUUGUUGAAGAGGUUCUUAACGCCGCUGAUAUAAACAACGAUGGGUUCAUCGACAAAGAAGAAUUUAUCAAAUUUAUACAGAACUAGCCGAACAAGUUGAGAACUGCGCAAUGUCAAAGAGGACGAGACAGUUAUUAUACUUCUUCUGUUUUUAACAAAAUAAUGUGUCACCGGAUGCGUUUAAAUGUAGUACUAGAUGCAUUUUUGAAAUGAUUUCAAACAAAUGAGCGGACCACCCUCCGUGACCACGUGGGCCUUAGUUAUUUAUAAGUACUUAAAACGCCUAUUUAAAUUGCAAGUCUGACAUACCAUACAUAACUGACAUUUCGUUGACAACCAGUAAAAGGUUUUCUUUGUUUUAGUUUUCGGGAAAUAAUGAUUCUUAAUUGUUGAGAGGUUUUAAAUAUCUUCAGAGCACUGAAUAUUUUGUUACUGUGUAUGUAAGUUGUAUCAUAAUAUCAGGUAUAUUUGUAUAUUAAAAACUUCAAUCAACUGUG